UGGGCUGACGGUAGCUUCGGAGGACAGCCUGAGUGCUUUGUGUAGCCUGAAAAGGGAGCUCCAGCAGACACUGACCUAUUGCUUUCUCUCAAUCUCAUCUGAAUUUGUAACUAUUCUGCAAACAAGAGAUAAAAAUGAUCUCUGAUAGAGGUAAUAACACAGAGGUUAUUCCCAACCCCGAACCCAGGACCAGAGAAGAGUUCCUCCAGUAUUCUCUUCGUCUGACGCCGGAUACAAACACGCUGUCUAACCACCUUCGGCUGGAGAGAAACAACGUGAUCGCGUUUACUGACACAAACCAGCGGUAUCCCGAUAAUACAGACAGAUUUGGUUGUUGUCAGGUGUUGUGUCGAGAGCGCGUGUGUGGACGCUCUUACUGGGAGAUUAAGUGGGGUGGUGCUGUGUAUAUAUCAGUGUCAUACAAAAGCAUCCGUAGGCAGGAAUUAGGUCAUGGGAGUGAUUUUGGGCGUAAUGAUCAGUCCUGGAGAUUAUACUGCUCUGAGUCCAGAUUUUCAUUCUGUCACAAUAACAAAUGGAUAAAUCUCCCUGUAGUGUCCAGUUCUUUCAGAAUUGGAGUGUAUGUGGAUUACAAUGCAGGAAUUUUGUCUUUCUACAGCGUCUCUGACACACAAAUGAUCCUCAUCCACAGCAUCCACACCACGUUUACUCAACCUCUCUAUCCUGGGUUUGCAAUGGUUUCCAUUCAUUCUAGAGUUACGCUGUGUGAUCCAACUAUAUAGAUUGUACAGAAAUUAAAUAAACUGCAUUUUAUAAUAAUAUAUUUUCAAUUAGAACUCAGAAGCGUACUCGCAUUAUACAGGAUUCCCACGGGUCCUUGAAAUGUUGUGAAUCUGGUGGGGGGGGAUUCAAGGCUCUGGGAAGUUUUUGAAAAUAUACAUACAUAGAUCAGGUCAUUUUAAGAGCUUGAAUCUGUUUUAUGCACACUGUAAAAAAUACUUUGCUGCCUUAAAAUUUUUUGUUGAAUCAACUCAAAUUUACAAGUCAUUUCAACUUACUAUUAUUUAUCUUGACUAGAGAUGAGUUGUUAUAACUACAAGUGAGUUGUUAUAACUUAUAAAUUUAGGUUGACUUUUCUCAACUAUAUUUUAUAAGUUGUGACAACUAAUUUCUGUUGACAUGACUUAUAAAUCUGAGUUGAUUUAACAAAAAAAUUUAAGGCAUUUUUUUUACAGUGCAAGAAGUUUUCUGAAAAAAAAAAAUCCAUAUUAUUCCCUGCGUAGUGUAAGAUAAUAUCAUACAAUUCUAGACUUUAAGCAAACGUGCUAAACUGUUCGCUUUAACUGUUUAUAUCUUCUGUAUGCAAAUGUUGAUUCAUACCAAAAUGCUUUUUUGCAUAGUUGUGUUUGACUGCGUCUCCCUUGCCAUACUUCUGCAUCCCAGUAACGCCGUCUUUGGCAAUAUUUCAGAUAGCGAUAUACUUCCUGGGUCCCAUGUUACCCUGUCUUUGUCAUUAAGCCCCACCAUUGGUUGAAUUUGAUAUACACUUAUCCCUGGAGGUGUCCCCAAAGUGUCACCGCAGUGGUGCAGCACGAGUUCCCCUCGAAAGGAAACUGUAACAAUGUAUCUUAAAAGAUAACACAAUGUAAUCUUGCUCUCACUUAAAAUGUGUCCCCACAUUUAGUCCUUGAAUGUGAGGGUAUUGGACCUAGAAGUAUUUUGAAAGGUCCUUAAAUUUGAAGUUUACAAAUCCUGCACUUACACUACAUUUUAUGAGCUGUACUCGAGUAUGCUCCCCUCAUUAAAAGAGUUAGAAGUUGUUUUUUAAACAACCUAUAAAAUUUGCACUAUGAAGUUCAUUGUAAUUUAUGGUUUAUUAGGUGUGUUUGAAAUCAUGAUAUUAAUUCGUAUAACAAUCAUUUUAUAUGUUUUCAGGUUUAUUUAGGCACAAAAUACUUUAAACAGAU